AUGGACCAGUCUGGAGACAAGCGAAUGCGUCGAGGAAGCCCAUCCAACGACGGUGAGAUAUCCGAGUCGGAGAUACCAUCACCGCAUACCAGGCGAAGAACAGCAAUUCAGGGCCAGCCGGCUCAAGAUCGCCGUAGCAUUCUGCGUAGUGCUCAGGUGGUACAACCGGAUGAACAAACUGAACCGGAGCAGCCGCCGCAAGCUCAUCUGGACAACCGUCAAGGCAAUAUACUGCUUGGCUUAAUAGAAGAAUCUGGACAAGGCACGAGCAGCCCGCUCAGUAGCCCACCAAGCAAUUCACUCAGCAGCUCGCAAGAGUUGCCCCUGCGAAACCGCUCCAUACCUCCCCUCCCGCCGAAGAUAUCUCCACUGAAGACUCCGAGGCCCCUUCAGGACAGCAAGUCCCAAGCUUCGAGAGAUUCUCUCGCACCAGGAACCCCAUUCCUUAUCGCCCUCACCGCCCAGAUCCCCGGCCCCGAGAACAACCCGCAGGCAUACGACCUAGACCUCCGGAACUCCUCCGGCAACAAUCUCAAGCCAAUUCUCAAACUCGACAUACACUCCCCCGACUUCGCUAUAACGAUAGCCAGCUACGCCCCUCACGUAAGCCGGGUUCUCCUCAAGUUCGAAUUCAGCAACUCCCCCGCUGCCCAGCAGACCCGCACCGCCGACAUCCAAACCUCCCUCCAACCCCUCUUACCUCUCAUCGACGACUACAACUUCGGAGUCCGUAGCGUGUUUCAAGGGACCGCGCACUCGGAGAAGGGGCAACAGGAUCUCAACGAUGUAGUUUUCGGGCUUUUCGUGAGUGCGGCGAUGCGAGGGGGCGAGGGGGGAGAGUUUGCGGCGACGGUGAUGCGGGAUGGUGAGCGGGAGUGGAGGCAAGGUAAGGGGUUUAAGGUUGUGGGGUUUGCGGAGAUAUGGGCAGGCGUCCAGCUUGGUCAACCGAUGACUUUCGACAUAUUCUCCACGCACCUGGGUCAGUCUCUGGCAGACCGAGCUGCAGCUGUGAGCCGCGUGUUGAUUAAAACCUACACAACGAUCCCGGUGUGGGAUUUCAAUCAAAUCAGACACAUCAGAGCUUGUCUUAGCGCUCUCCUGAUCCACCCGGUUUUAUACGAUUUCGAGUUCGGCAUUCAGGUCAUUCGUUCCGUUGGAUUUCUCGAACCGGAAGCGGAAGAAUUGAAUCGGCUGCUAGCUCGUGCGGUUGUUCUGGGAAUGUUUCUGGGAGGCUCGUUGCUUCACCAUACCGGAGGUGCCGUGUUAAAUCUACUACCGGGCUACAAAGUCAGGCUUCGUCGUGACACGGAAGUCCUUUGGCACAACACCGGAGACUUCAUGCUUAUCAAUUUUGUCCGGGAAGAGACAUGA